AUCCCAGCAGACAGACAGAGUGCAGCGCUCGGAGUGAAGUGCGGAGGGUUGAGGUGUCGGUGGUGAUCGGAGAGAUCGGUACGAUCCCGGGGCUGUCAGUUGGAUUUAUCGCCUUGUUGGGGAGAAGUUUAGCCGGACUUGCUGGAACUUAUGGCGGGGAGGUGAUGAGAGGUCUGGCCCCCGCGAUCAUGUACCUGCCGAUCCUCUUGCUGCUGGUUGCAUGCUGCCUCCCCCCGGCACUGGGCGCCGCUGCCAAGGACCUGACAUGCCAGGAGAUCACGGUGCCCCUGUGUAAGGGAAUCGGCUACAAUCACACGUAUAUGCCCAACCAGUUCAAUCAUGACACGCAGGACGAGGCCGGCCUGGAGGUGCACCAGUUCUGGCCGCUGGUGGAGAUCCAUUGCUCGGCCGAUCUGAAGUUCUUCCUAUGCAGCAUGUACACACCGAUCUGCCUGGAGGACUACAAGAAGCCGCUGCCCCCAUGUCGGAGUGUGUGUGAGCGGGCCCGGGCCGGCUGCGCCCCUCUCAUGCGCCAAUACGGCUUUGCCUGGCCGGAUCGGAUGCGCUGUGAUCGGUUACCGGAGCUGGGGAACCCGGACACCUUGUGUAUGGACUACAACCGCACCGAUCUUACCACCGCAGCGCCCAGCCUGCCCGACCAGCGCAUGCCCAAGGCGCCCAGCCACCCGCACAAGGGCGGAACAAUCAGCAAACCCCGAGCAGAGCCCCCGCGGAGCAAGCCCAGAGUCCCCGCAGGGUGCGAGCCUGGCUGCCAGUGCAGGGAGCCCAUGGUGCUGGUGUCCAAUGAGAGGCACCCUCUCUACAACAGGGUAAGGACUGGUCAGAUCCCCAAUUGUGCCAUGCCCUGCCACAACCCCUACUUCUCCCAAGAGGAAAGGACCUUCACCACCUUCUGGAUCGGCCUGUGGUCUGUCCUCUGCUUUGCCUCCACCUUUGCCACCGUCUCCACCUUCCUCAUUGACAUGGAGAGGUUCAAGUACCCCGAGAGACCCAUCAUCUUCCUGUCCGCCUGCUACCUGUUGGUGUCCGCUGGCUACCUGGUGCGUCUGAUCGCUGGCCACGAGAAGGUGGCAUGUAGCCGGGAGCACGACCUGGAGCACAUCCACUAUGAGACUACUGGACCUGCCCUUUGCACCCUGGUCUUCCUGCUCAUCUACUUCUUUGGCAUGGCCAGCUCCAUCUGGUGGGUCAUCCUGUCCCUCACCUGGUUCCUGGCGGCUGGCAUGAAAUGGGGCAACGAGGCCAUCGCCGGCUACUCCCAGUACUUCCACUUGGCCGCCUGGUUGGUGCCCAGCAUCAAGUCCAUCGCUGUGCUGGCCCUCAGCUCGGUGGACGGGGACCCAGUGGCUGGCAUCUGCUAUGUGGGCAACCAGAACUUAGACAACCUGAGGGGCUUCGUCCUGGCCCCCUUGGUCAUCUACCUCUUCAUUGGCAGCAUGUUCCUGCUAGCAGGGUUUGUGUCCCUUUUCAGGAUUCGUAGUGUCAUCAAACAAGGUGGCACCAAAACUGACAAACUGGAAAAACUAAUGAUCCGCAUUGGGAUAUUCAGCGUACUUUACACAGUGCCCGCUACCAUUGUGGUGGCAUGCUUCUUCUAUGAACAACACAACCGCCAAGGUUGGGAGAUGGCCCAUAACUGUAACUCUUGCCUCCCCGAGUUGGCACAGCCUCGCCGGCCGGACUAUGCCGUCUUCAUGCUAAAGUACUUUAUGUGCCUGGUGGUUGGCAUCACCUCUGGGGUAUGGAUUUGGUCAGGGAAGACUUUGGAGUCCUGGAGGGCUUUCUGCACACGCUGCUGCUGGGGCAGCAAAGCAACUGGUGGCUCUAUGUACAGUGAUGUCAGCACCGGCUUGACAUGGAGGUCUGGCACUGCCAGUUCUGUGUCUUACCCAAAGCAGAUGCCCUUAUCUCAGGUCUAACAAAUCAGGGGAGGGAAUGGGGGAAGGGACCUGAGACGCACGAGGGUUUAGAGAUCUUGCCAACCUAACCCGAAAGCAAGCCCCUUCCCAUUCUUUUAGUUUCUUGCUAUUAGCAUGAUAAUGAACUCUUAAUGGUAUCCAUUAGUAGGGACUUGAAUGACUGGUCAGAACAAUGUACCUGGUAUUGAAGCCUCCCUGAUUUGUCUCCAUUUAUAUGCAAGGAGCUUUGCUAAGACCUUAUAUUAACUGGUCCGGCAGGGGAUUGUCCCUGCGCUUCCACCACUGGAGGCAACAACUUCAUUUGCGUGUUGGAGCAAUCUUAUUAUUAUGUGUUUUAUGUUAUUUUUUAUAUGUAUGUUGUAUGUCGGUCCUCAACAUUUCUUUCCUACGGUUGCUGGAGUGACCCCCAUCAGUGCCCACUCACCCUACCUUAAAAUAUGCCUUCCUGUGGCACUCCAGGGUCAGGUAACAACAAUAGGGGGGAUGGGAUCUCUUAAUUAGCCAAGCAAAUGCCUUCCAGGUAUGGACAACAGAGGGGGGGGGGGCAUUUAGCUGCAGAUGCAAACUACAAGUCUCAGCAUGUCUUUGCCAACACGGCAUGCUGAGACUUCUAGUUUCUCCACAGCUAAAGCGCCGUCGGUUUGCCUAUUCCUGCCUUAAACUUUUGUCUUAAGAAAUCUAUUAAAUAUAUAAAAGAAAUCACCCCAAGAAAAUACGGGUUCUUUACACUAGAGAUGUAUUUAUAUAAAUAUUUUGCUUUCGAUUUGUAAAAUAUGUACAUAUGCAAAGUUAUAACAUCUUGUAAAUAGCUGUAUAAAGUUUAGAGGAUUCUUCAUAAGAACAAAAAAUUAAUGGAUUAUUUUAUUUUGUCAAUAAAAUUAAUUUUUAUAAAUUA